GUCUGACGGGAUUAAGUGGCGCACUCUGAGGCAGGAGCAUCGGGGAGGGGCGUCCGUGAGACAGCGUCCAUCGGCGGUGUAACACGGAGGGUUUUCAUCCGGUGCAGCAGGGAAGCCUUUCUUCUCCAGAGCAGGUCUGCUGUUGAAUUACAAUUGGGAUACGAAGCCACCAUGAACGAAGGGCUUUUUUCCCCUGUAUUCCUGCACGUUUAAUUAAUGAAGACAUCAAUCUCUCCUGGGGGAGGAUUUCUACCCUGUGGUUUGAUGCAGGAAUGAUUUUUUCUCGGCUUGGUUUUGCUACAGAGGACCAUGGAGACCUCCGAAGGUAUCGGUCAUGCUCUCUGGUGAGGGCGUGACUCGGAGCGAGAGUUGUAAAGUCCCCAGAGUUACAUCGCAUGGAGGUCAAAGGUCAUCUGAUCACAUCCAUGGGUUUGGGGGCUCCUGAUGUUCAAGGCUGCCAGGACAGCAAGCUGCAGGCGGAGCGGGUCGCGGCGCUGCAGGAGAGGAAGCAGGCCCUGGAGGCUCUGCUCAGCUCCAGAGAGGGAGAGCUCAAACAUGUCUGUCUGCAGGAAGCUGAGCUGACUGGAAAGAUUUCACAUGCUUUCCCCCUGGAAACGGGAGAGAAACCCCCAGUGGUGCAGCGCAGAGCUGGCCUGCCGCCCAACACCAAGGCAGAGGAUGAGGCUGCCCAGAGAAAGCAGAUGAAGGCCAUCUUCACCGGGGCUCUGUACAGACACUCGGAGUCAGACCGAAACAUCCCCAACAGCAAGAGGACGGUUCAUCGGGGCUGUCACACAGAGGACACUGUCAUGUCAGAGAGUACAAGCUCCAUGUCAGACUCAACAUCUCAUGAUAAUGAGUCUUCUCCCAGCGUGGUGGCGGACCAGCGCUCUCUGUCUCAGCCCCGGCUCACAGUGGGCAGCCCCGACCACAGGAUCAGCAGGAAGCUGUCGCCAGUCGAGAUCUACUACGAGAUGAGGACACGCCGCAACUCUGUCACCAGCUCCGUCAGCCCGACUCACUCUUUGCCGAGAAGUGCGUCUAACAUUGAAGGCAGAAGUGUUCCAGCUACGCCUCUAUUAGCUCGCACGGCUCCCAUCAGUGUUCACGUCAGGUCGGACGGGUCAGGCGGUAACGGGCUGAAGCAGUGGUCCGGCAGCCUGGACGUUCCCUACAUAAUCCCCCUGGCGCAGGAGGGCUCCUCUUCGGACCGCCGCGGCUGCCCCUACAGCUCCCGGGCGCGGCGCAGCAACAGCUCCGAGGCCCUGCUGGACAGAUCGAGCCUCCCCGACGACCCGGCCCCAAGGAACGGGAUGCCCCCCCGAGGAGGGCCCUACAAGAGCUCAGAGACACUGACCGACGGCAAGCUAAGGCACAUCCACCUGGGCAGCCCCGAGAGACACGCCGACGGCAACGUGGAUCAGGCCAAACUGCGCCUGUCGAUGGGCGACCGGGCGGCGGGCGGGGGCUACAACGAGCUCCUGAUGGACUACAUCUGGGGGAAGCAGCAGAGGAUGCAGCACCACCUGUACCAGUCCACAGGCCGGAUCUGGCAGGAUGCGCCCUCCCCUCGCUCCUCCACCGCAGCAGUGCCUCCCCACGCCAACGGAUUCUCCCACUCCCAGGUGAACCUCCCCAGCGCCGCGCCUCCUUUCAGCCCCAUGGUGCUCCGGGGGUCCCAAGCCGAGCUGCGCAGGGUCAAAGUCACCAGGACCAAAUCUUGUGGACCCUUUAUUCCUUUGCAGCAACACCCCCAGGACGCCAUCCUGCUGUCAGCGUACGACUCUCCCCUCCCCGCCUCCGGGACCACCACAUCCUCCAUCCCCAACCUGCACCCCUACCAGACGGAGCUGUCGGGCCCCUCCUUCGGCCGCAGACCCCCUCAGUUCUCCCUCCCGACCCCAGAAGACUCAACGCGGAGCUUACAUAAAGCUCUGGCUCUGGAGGGUCUGAGGGACUGGUACCUGAGGAACGCCCUCGGCUACCCCCCCGCUGCACCGAAGGGGAACGAGGCGGGGGUCUCUCGCCUCUCACACCCCCACCCGCUGGUGCACCAGCAGUCAGUCCAGGGUGACGCAGCAAGCCCCCCCCGCUCUCAGAUGCCCCAGUCAGCCAGCUUCCACGGCCACCCGCUGCACGGGAGGUCGAUGGAGUUCUCGCUCUAUCAGGAGACUCCUCAUCCACAGACGCAAGAGGCGACCCCAAAGGAGCCCAGUCCAGACCCAGGCACCCUAGUCUGAAGCAGCAGAACACACACACACACACACACACACACACACACACACACACACACACACACACACACACACACACACACACACACACACACACACACACACACACACACACACACACACACACACACACACACACACACACACACACACACACACACACACACACACACACACACACACAAACUCAAGCAGAAACACUGUAGCCUCACAUGCACAUUCACCCACACGAGUCGAUACAAUGUGACCUCAACAGCAAAGUAAAACACGGCAACCUCAGCAGAAAGUGACUGGAAUACGUGAUAAACUGUAGCUGUACAGUGUGAAAAGCCUUGGCUAGUUCCCCGUGUUAUAACUGAUCCCAAGUGAACUUCAUGUGAACAUGGAGUCAACGCAUCUAAUAACAAUAUGGUCAUGCUGUACUUAAUAUAUCAAUAUUUCUGGUCAAACACAAGCAGUAAUAUUCUUCCUGAUAACCCUGAAAACGCCCGAAAUAUACUUUUUUACAGAAUAUAUACAACUCUAAAUUACUAUUUUGUAUCUUCUGAGAUAUAAAGAACAGCUAUAUUAAAGAGGUAAUUUAUUGCUCAUGAAUCUUGUGAUAUACAAAGAUGAGCUCACCAUCAUUUAAAAAAAAGUAUUAAUUCAUGCCAGUGAAUGUGUGUUUGUAAAACUAUAUAAAAAAAACAACAUGCUUCAGUCGAUCAUCUGCCGUUUAAUUUCUCAGCCAUUUGUAUUUUCCACGUUUGAUAAAAGACAGGGGCCAUGAACUGUAACAUACUGGUGUAGCAGACGGGAGUGCCUAAAUGUUUUAAAAACCUUGGUUAGAAAACUUUAAAGUGCUUUCUAAUGAUCUCAAAAUGUGAACGCUAUAGCUUUUGUGAGUUUAGUGUAAUCCGAAAAAGAACUGAAAGCAGUUUACGAUGUCACCAAAUUGGGGUAUUUUGGAAUGAUGUCAUGUAUAUUGUUCAGUAUGUUUUCUAGAUGCAGCGUACUGCUGGCCAUAAAAUGUAGCUUUCUCUGUGCUGAGCGACCAAUUUGACCACUUUUAGGACGAUCCUGAGGGCUGUUGUUAAAGCUUCUGAAAGGCAGUAGCACAUGACUGUAUGACAAUAAUGUAAUAAUUUCCCCCUUCGUUUAGUUAUGGAGGAUUUGAGUGUCAUAUGGAGCACUUUAUGAGCAUCUUAAGCCUUAAUUCCUUAGAAAAUUGUCACCAAACGAGACGGGUUUUUUUAAAAUUGGGGGAAUAAAUAAGUGUCAACAUCUACUGAAGAUCUAUCUGAAUGUUAGUCUGUAUAUUGCGUGGAUUGUACUGAUGAGUUUCAAGCUGUUUUAUUCCGGUACUAACAACAAUAAUCAUUUUUUUUACUAACCACAUGAUAAGUAUAUAUUCAAAAAUAACCGCCCCGAAAUAAGCCCACUCUCCAAGUGAGCACUAUUUAAUUGGUUUGUAAAAGAAAAUACAGAAUAGGGCUGCUGCAGUUUGAAUGACGGUGUGAGCGGGUCUCAUACCAGUAAAUGUGUUAAUAAGAAUUCAUGCUGGCGGAUUUUUUUGUAUUUGUAAUGAUUUCAGCUCAUUUCAUGUGCUUGGACUUCAAAAAAAUAACUUUUCAUGUUUUUAAAUCUUAGUAAUGCAUCAUAAUGUAUGUUUGUAAUCUUAUUCUGCAGUGUAAUCUUCAGAAAGAUCAAAAUAUUACAUGAAAUCCUCAAGGACACUGAAAGUAUAUGUGUUAAGUCUAGACCAGGGGGAGGCAACCGUCUGCAGUGGCUCCCUGUAGCUUUGAGAAUAAAUAACAUGGACAUACAUAACAGCAAUUUCUCUUUUUUUUGUUGCACAGGAGGUGGCAUUUCCUACAUUUUAGACCCCGGCCUUGGGAAAAUAACAAUCCACAAAAAGAAAAGUCCCAAAUUAAGCAAAGUUUAAUUCUGUGUGUAUAGAUUCCUUUGCUUGUAGGCUACUUCCAACAAUGGUUGAUUAUAUAGUGAGAAAUUAGCAAACCACAAACAUUGUAAUCUUGAAAGACAUAUCCUGAACACAGAAUUUGCUGCUUGUUAUGUUAUUACAGGAAUACAUUUGAAUAGAUUUUAAACUUUUUCUUUAUUGUCGAUCUAUAAGUUCACAGAUGCAACAAACACGUUUUUGUAUGUAACUAUAUACAACACUUUAGAAGCUGUGUUAGCGGCCCCAGACAAACUUUAAUAGGGGACAAAGUGGGGCAACAUAGCUGUUUUGAAAAUAAAGGUUGCUGACCUCUAGUCUAGACAACAUUUUUUUAAACGUUUUACCUCCAUUUACUGUAAUCGAUCUUUGGCCAAAACUCAUUUGAAUGUAAUUCUUUGUCAUAUGUGAUGUUGUUUUUUACUCUAAGCUGUAGCACACCAUUGAAUGUUUCCCAGUUUCUUUGCUGUGUUCAGUAUCCAUCCUCAUAGAGCUUCUUCCAGCUGGUUAAAACCUGAAAUUAAAGACCAAACAUGCUGUGAGUGUGCACUGGGGGUCAUAAAUGUAUUUUUCAUAUACUCUGUAAGUUGCAAAUCAAUGAAAUAAAUGUAGCUCUGAAGCUAAUUUAUUCAAACUAUACUAUAUUUAUGAGCCUGUAACAUUUUGUAGCUAUAUCUACUGUAGCUCUUCCUCAUCAGUGCGGGAAUUGGUAAUGUGUGUUAAAACCACUUCAUUCAGCAGUGUGAUGUGUUGAUUAUUCUUUUUUUAGAUAUUUAAAUGCAGUUUUCUCUUUCCCUACUCUCUUUAUACCCAGGCCUGUGAAAUAAGACAAAAUAGGCCGGCCUAAUGCUGUAUGUAUGAGAUUGUGCUUCAUUCUACUAAAUAAAGUGUCAUGUUGAAAUCAUCA